CACCACCGACCGCACGACCUCCAUCUCCACUCCAUCAUCUUGCCCGCCCUGCCGUCAAGAUGAGCUUCAUUACCAAGCGCGGUCUCUCGACCCUCAUUCCCCCCAAGAUUGCCUCUCCUAAUGCCAUCGGCUCUUCCCCCAAUGCCGUUCGCAUGCAAAAGGUCGUCAACUUCUACGAGAAGCUGCCUCGUGGCCCAGCCCCCGAGCCUGAGGCCAAGGGUCUUCUCGGACGCUACGCGAAGAAGCACAUGGGCAAGAACCCAUCAGGAAGGCCGCUCGUCCACGUUAUUGGUUUCCUGAUUGCGCUCGGUUACGCCCAGAACUACUACUUCCAUCUCCGCCACCACAAGAACAACGAGCAUUAAGCUGCUCGUUUGAGAUGCGCUGGAUGACCAUGGCCGGAUAGACAGCACUUGUAUAAGUAAAGUGUAGAUGGAAUCAAGCACUCUGCUAAGACAGUCUUUCUUUUUGUGCACUUGAUUGUGUUUUUGCUCAGCCCAUGUUUCAACAUGCAACAGGCUGCGCCGCCUCGGAUAAUGCCCUCUAACUGCGAUGGCGAGAUGGUCUGUUUGCAUACAGACGUCUAGAUGACAUGUAUCGUCAGAAAUCUGCGACGUGUCCGAUCGCACAGUCAUAUCGGUUGGAGCAAUG